AUGGCUUCGACCUCCCCAGAAACUGCUGCAUCAAAUGAAGCAUCAUCAUCAACAGCUCGUCGCUGGAAGGAUGAUGUGUUUUUGAGUUACAAGAGUGGUGACAUUCCAAAUGGUUUUAUAUUGCAAUUAUACGAUAGGCUGCAACAGAGGAAGAUCACAACGUUUAUGGAUCAUUAUUCAGAUUUUCAAGUAGGGGAUGCUAUGUCUCCCUCUCUCCGAAAGGCAAUUGAAGAAUCAAAGUUGGCGGUUGUUGUUCUGUCCCAAAAUUAUGCUUCUUCUGCUUGGUGUUUGGAGGAACUUACAAAGUUGUGUCAAUUCAGGGAGAACGGCUUUACAAUUUUUCCAGUUUUUUACAAGGUUGAAGCCAGUAAUGUAAGAAAGCAAAAGGGGAGUUUUCAGGAUGCUUUCGCCAAGCAUGAAAGGUCUGGGCGAUACCCACCUCAGAAGGUUCAGCAGUGGAGAGAUGCUUUAACAAAAGUGGGUUAUUUGUCUGGGUUGAAAAAACGUUAUUACAAGACUGACAAUGAUCUUGUCCAAGCCAUUAUGGAGUCUAUGUGCAGUCAAAUGAAGACUAUUGAAAUUAUUUCGGAGUCAGAUGAAGAUCCCAUUGUGGAAUCAGAGUCAGAUGAAGAUUCCAUUGUGGAACAGUGCACCAAGGAUUUUGAAGCAGUUGAAGCAACAUCAGAAUCCUCUAAUGGAAAUUGUUCAGCUGAACCAGCUCCUCAGUGGAAGCAUGAUGUCUUUGUGAGCUUUCGGGGUAAUGACACCCGCAAGGGUUUUCUAUCCCAUUUAUACCAUGAAUUGCAAAACACGAAAGUAAUAAGAGUAUUUAAGGAUGAUGAACAACUUAAGAAAGGGAAGGAUAUUUCUCAAAGUCUGCUGACGGCAAUUGAAGAAUCAAGGUUUGCGAUCAUUGUUCUGUCGGAGAACUAUGCUUCUUCUGCAUGGUGUUUAGAUGAAAUUACAAAGAUUUUUCAAUGCAUGGAAGGCAAGGAUACAAUUCUGCCAAUUUUUUAUCAUGUGGAUCCCUCUGAUGUACGAUAUCAAAAGAAAAGUUAUGAAGCAGCCUUUAAAAUGCAUUCAAGAAUUACAAGGUAUGACAUAAAGAAGGUGAAGCAGUGGAGAGCUGAUUUAACAAAAGUGGGGAAUCUCUCUGGGUGGGAUACAAAGAACUACAGGUAUGAUUUCUAUCAUUGCAAAAGGUGUUAUUUCAUUUGCAUUCAUUAG